AUGAUCCCCAUGGAGAAGCCGGGCGGCGGCGAGCUCAUGUCGACGCUCGCUGCGGGUUCGGGACUGACCCACGGGGGUCCGGGCGCUUCACAGGCCAGAGGACUACUGACCGAAAUCCGCGCUGCGGUGCGCACCGAGCCCUUCCGGGAACGCUAUGGCCUGAGCCCUGGCCGGGAGCUGGGCAGGGGGAAAUUUGCAGUAGUGAGGAAAUGUAUAAAGAAAGAUACUGGAAAAGAAUUUGCAGCAAAGUUCAUGAGAAAAAGAAGAAAAGGCCAAGAUUGUCGGAUGGAAAUAAUUCAUGAGAUUGCUGUACUUGAACUAGCACAGGACAAUCCUUGGGUCAUUAAUUUACAUGAAGUCUAUGAAACUCCAUCAGAAAUCAUCUUAGUUUUGGAAUAUGCGGCUGGAGGUGAAAUCUUUGACCAGUGUGUUGCAGACAGAGAAGAACGUUUUAAAGAAAAAGACAUUCAAAGACUUCUGAGGCAGAUUUUGGAAGGUGUUUGCUUUUUACAUAUGCAUGGUGUAGUUCAUCUUGACUUGAAGCCUCAGAAUAUUCUGCUGACAAGUGAUUCUCCACUGGGUGACAUCAAGAUAGUUGAUUUUGGUCUUUCCAGAAUAAUGAAGAACAAUGAAGAACUCCGAGAAAUUAUGGGGACUCCUGAAUAUGUAGCUCCUGAAAUUCUUAGUUAUGACCCCAUCAGCCUGGCAACAGAUAUGUGGAGCAUUGGAGUGUUAACGUAUGUCAUGCUUACGGGGAUAUCACCAUUCUUAGGCAAUAAUAAACAAGAAACCUUCUUAAACAUCUCACAGAUGAAUUUAAGUUACUCUGAGGAAGAAUUUGAUGUUGUGUCUGAAUCAGCUGUUGACUUCAUCAAGAGACUUUUAGUUCAGAAACCUGAAGAUAGAGCCACAGCUGAAGAAUGUCUAAAACAUCCAUGGUUGACACAGAGCAGUAUUCAAGAUCCUUUUUUCAAAGUGAAAAUGGCAUUAGAAGAAACAGUUGUCCUCCAAGAAGGUGAUUCAGUGCCUAAAACUAACUCGGAUACCCAGAAAACAGAAACUGAGGAAUCAAGUUUAACAGAGGAGUUAAUUGUUGUGACUUCAUAUACUUUAGGACAGUACAGACAAUCUGAAAAGGAGAAAAUGGAGGAAAAGGCCAUUUCCAAACGAUUUAAAUUUGAGGAACCUUUGCUACAAGAAAUUCCGGGAGAGUUUAUCUAUUGAAUCUCCCUUUCAAACUUUCAGGUUUCUACAUUAAAAACAUUAUUUAUGAACUUCUGGUCAAAUGGUACAUGUACUAAAAGUGGAUAACUAAGUAUUACUUAUAUAAGCCAAAAUAACCUUGUCAAGCUUGUGGAUUGAUCAAGUCAGAUUAUAAAGUUGCUAGCCAGGAGGUUUAAUAGCUGUAAAGGCUGCUGGUUCAUGUUACUGUUUAGAAAGGAGAUGUUUGCAAUUCCCCCCUCUGUUGGCCGACACCCCUUCCCAUCCUUAUUUUCCCGAAUGAGACACCCCUUCCCAUCCUUAUUUUCCCGAAUGAGAAUUUGUGUGCAAAUUAAAAUUUGAAGUGAAAGCCACACUUUUAUUAAUCUGUUUUGUAUUAUUGGUAUCUAUAGCUAUAUCUGCAUACCUGUUGUGAUCUUUAUUAAAAUUGAUGUUUUGGUUUGGAUUUUUUGGGGGGGAAUAGAAUUUUAACCUCCAUAGAUAUCGUCCAAAUUUUUGAGAUUUAGAGUAAUGUCCACUACAGUUUAAGUAUAUAUUAUUUUUAUAUUACUGCUUUAUAUUGUGUCUAAAACUAACUCAGAUACCUAGAAAACAGAAACUGAGGAAUCAAGUGUAACAGAGGAGUUCCACUUUAUAUUGAAUUGUUUUGCUUCUGUUAU